GGCAAACGGUGAAUAACGGAAAUUUUCGAAAAUAAACAACGAUCGGUGACUAUGAAACGAAAACAACGAGCGUGUAUAAGAACAAUUACCGAGUGAGUGCCAUUGAUUGGUAGAGAGAUUUCUAGAGAAAAAAGAGAGCUAAAAAAAAUAACAAAAUUUUGAAAAUAAAUAAAAAUCUCUACUCAAGAAAAAAUUUAAAAAUAAAUUCACUUUAAAAUGUUUAAUAUUUUUUGUUCGUUCUUCUUUUAGAGACAAUAAAUGAAAUAGUUUUUUUCUCCAAUACUUUUUCGUUUGUAAUAUUAAUUUUUAAUGUUCCGCAAAAGAAAAUUAUGUGAAAACAAAAAUAUUAAAGAAGAAAAAUAAAUAUAUAUAACUUAAUUAUGAAAUCAUAUGGUUAAUACUAAAAUAAAUCCAUGAGAUUUUGAAAAUUACCGUUUAAAUCCUUAAUCCCUUUAAAGAAACUCAUGUUCAAUACGGAGAAUGUCAAACAAACUGGAAACGAAAUAUAAUUUAAUCAAUUCUAGAGGUCAUCCGAAAACACCUCUGAAACCUUUUACAAAAUAUCGAAGAAGAUUUAAAUAACACACAGAUAUAGUAUAAGCAAACGUUAAGACUUAAAGUGACGACGGCGUAAAAAAUGUCUACACCUCGUCAAUCGUUUCGCCGUGAAAGGAAAGAGAAACCACCCUUUCAACGUUUUAAGGAUCAUUUUCGUAAAUUUACCGCGUUUAUGUUUAGUAAUGUUGGCAUUAUAUUAUUGGUAAUAUUAUAUACAAUUGGUGGCGCCUUUAUAUUUCAAGCGAUAGAGAUUUUUGAAUACGAAAUCAGCAAAGAUGUGGUGCCCGAAAAGUAUGGUCUGUUAACGCGUAAUUUUACGGCCGAAUGUUUGGAGCGUAUAUGGCAGGAGACAUCGCAAAAUAUAGGAUUUUAUGAUGCGAAAUGUAUAAGAGAAGUUAACGAAAUUUUACUGGAAUUCCAAAGAUCAGUUGUACACAAUCAUCUAGUGGGUCAAGACAUUAGUAAACAAUGGAGUUUUUCGGGAGCAUUUUUAUAUUCCUUAACCGUUAUUACAACCAUAGGUUAUGGCAAUAUAUCACCACGUUCCGAUUGGGGCAAAUUAGCCACCAUAGUCUAUGCCAUUAUAGGCAUGCCUUUGUUUCUUCUAUAUCUCUCAAAUAUUGGUGAUGUUUUAGCGAAAUCUUUUAAAUGGAUUUAUUCAAAAGUUUGCCUCUGUCGCAUUUGUCCGGGAGUGGCGAGAAGACGUUUAAUACGCGAACGACGUAAACUACGACAAAUGAUGAUGAGUAAAGCGCUGGCCGAUAUGGAAGAAUCAAGACGUAGUAAAUAUGAUUCCUGCACUAGCAGUAGCAAUAGCUCGGAGAGUGCUACUAGUUAUUAUAGCGAAGAAAGUGAAACUUCUUCCAGCUCUUCCAGAAGUCUAGGACGUGGUCGAGAGUCCAAUGGUUUAGAUAUGUUAGAUUUAUUUGAGGACGAUGAUGAUUCCGAUGAGCGCGAAAUAAAAGGUAGUACAGAUGAGAUAACAGUACCUUUAACAGUGUGUGUUUUCAUAAUGAUAAGGUAACUAUAUUUAUGGGGUGCUUUACUAUUUGGUCAAUGGGAAUCUUGGGGAUAUUUAGAUGGCAGCUAUUUCUGUUUUAUAUCCUUAAGCAGUAUUGGUUUUGGUGAUCUAGUGCCAGGUGAUCGUGUGAUAACCGCCGAUAAAGACAAAGUCGAAGUCAGCUUUAUUUUAUGUGCCGUUUAUCUUUUAUUGGGCAUGGCUUUGAUUGCCAUGUGUUUCAAUUUAAUGCAGGAACAAGUUAUUCAUAAUAUCCGAGCCAUUAAACGUGCUUUUAAAGCUUGUUUUCGUUGCAAGAAAAG